AUGGUCCUCGAGAAGAGGGGGAAGAGUUUGAAUAUUGCACAGCUGGUGUUCUACGAGGGUCUCAAUCUCAUGAGCAACGCCAUCUUCAGUAAGAACUUGUUCGAUCCUAACAAUCCAGAGUCUGCAGAAUUGAGGAACACUUUUAGUGAAAUGGUGAAGUUGGGCGGAAAACCCAACCUGGUUGACUUUUAUCCGUUUCUGAAGUUUCUGGACCCUCAGGGCGUGAGCCGUGGUCUGACAGUCUAUCAUAAGCGAGUACAUGACUGCUUAGAUGUAUUCAUACAAGAUCGGUUGGAGGCGAAGGUAUUUAUUAUUGAUGAACUCUUGUCUGCUGGUAGUGAUACUACUACAACAACAAUAGAAUGGGCUAUGGUGGAACUCAUUGCCAAUCCUCAUGUAAUGAAACAAGCACAAAAGGAAUUAGAAGAUAUAAUAGGUCUCAAUCGAAAAGUGGAAGAAUCUGACAUAGAUCAUCUACCUUAUAUCCAGGCUAUAGUGAAAGAAGUGUUUCGACUACACCCAGCACUUCCUUUAGCAUUGCCUCAUAGAGCAGAGAACUCAUGUGAGGUGGCGGGGUAUACGAUACCCAAGCACACCAUGGUGAUUGUGAAUGUGUGGGCAAUUGGAAGAGAUCCUAAAAUUUGGAAGGACCCUUUAAAAUUUAUGCCAGAGAGGUUUUUAAAUGGUGAGUAUAGUAAGAUGAAGUAUAAGGGACAAGAUUUUGAGCUGAUACCAUUUGGAGCUGGAAGAAGAAUAUGCUUAGGACUUCCUUUGGCUCAUCAAAUGGUUCAUUUUACUAUUGCUUCUUUAAUCCAUUCAUUCAAUUGA